UGCCGUUGUUGAAGGACAAAAUGGCGGCGGUCGGGAGGUUGGGAAGUGCAGCCGUCCGCUCGUUUCUCUGGCGGAGAACGGCUCUUCUCAGCUCCGCACGGUGUUUGUCUAAGAACGAGCUGCCAGGCCCGUACCCCCAGACCCCAGAGGAAUGGGCAGCUGCAGCUAAGAAGUACGGCAUGAGGGUGGAGGACUACCAGCCUUACCCUGACGACGGCACGGGGUACGGAGACUAUCCCAUGUUACCUGAGGAAGGCGUGGAGUCAAAGGAUCCAUGGGUCGACUGGGACGACAAAUGGCACAGGAGGAACUUUGGAGAAGCACCACAUAUUCACAUUGACGCAUUCACAAGGCAAAGGGUCAACCCUAACCAGAAAUAUGUGGUGCCGUGGAAACAAAUGGUUGCUGCACUCCUUGGCUUCCUUGGCUUCAAUGCUGUCAUGCUUUACUUUGGAGAACAAUACAAGCAUGCUAUACCUGUGGCACCCAAGCAGUACCCAUACAAUGACCUGUAUCUGGAGAAAGGAGGGGAUCCCGACAAGGUGUCAGAAGAGGAAAUCAAGCACUAUGAGUUCCCUAAAUCUUAACAUGCACAUUGACAACAUAGACAUAUCCUGUACAGUGUGGUGGUAAUGGAGAGGCAUGAAACUAUGUCUGUAAAUCUAUGGUGUGCAAGCAUUCAGUAUAACAAAAGUAGCCACUGGCAAAUAUCACCAUAAAAGACAGCCUGUUGUUUCAAAUGUCCAUUUUCAGUGUGGGAUGAUAAGUUUGUUUUUGAGAAAGACACACUUGUGUGUAACAAUAUAUGUAGUUUCAUUUGUGGUGAAUACACCUACAUUUGUAAACUGGAUUGUACACUACUAAUGUGUGCAGGCACUUGCCAGAUCCUAAUUGAACAGAUAUGAGGAUGACUUGUACUACCUUCAGAUGUAUGGUUUAUUAAUGUUUGUCCCAAUAAAUUGAAGUUUCAGUCUC